GUUUCAUUUACUUCUCAUUUCUCUCAGUUCUCACCUCUCUUGUUUACGAAGAUGACGAUACAUUUGAGAAACCUCGAGACGAACGAAACCCUAACUUUCGAGUUUUCCGAUGAGUCUACGCUCCAUGAUCUCCGGCUAAAAAUCAAUGAUUCGACGCCUUCCUCUGUUGGUUUAUCGAUCAAUCGCAACGACGAAGACGAACUCCUCGCGGUUUCGUCUCAGGCUACGCUCCGAUCACUUGGCGUGAAGUCCGGUGAUCUCAUCUGUUUCUCUCUCGAUUCCUCUGAUCGUAGUGCGUUUGCUCAGAAGAAAUCGGAAACGAAUCAUCAGGCGAUUGAAGCAGUUUCUAUCCCGAGUAUCCAGAAUCAAUCGAGCAACGAUACGACGAAUCACGGAGGAGCAGAAGAGCUCGGCGGCAUGAAUCUCUCCGGUGUGAAAAGGUUAAGCGAACCUCUCUUCUUAAAAAAGAUAUUGAUGGAGGAAUCUGGUGACACGUGGGAAUUUACGACUGUGGUCAUGACUGUUCAUGCUGUUAUGUUAGAUUCUGGAUUUGUGCUGUUCAAUCCUGAUUUAGGUAUGCGUUUUAGCUUCUCGGCGGGGACUUCAGUAUCUCUUAAGUAUACUCUCCCGUCUGUGAUUAGUGCUAAUGGAACCGAAGUAGUGACUUUGAAUUUUGAGGAUUUAGUUGAUGUUGAAGUUUAUGGGUCUCUUGAUGAAGAUAGUUUGGUAGAUAAGGUGUGCAUUAAUAAACGUAGCUAUAUGAACAUUGUUGAUUUGCUUAUGGAAUCUGACAAUGAAGAAGUUACUUUGAGCGUUCACCGUAAGGUACUCGUGUGGUGGAGAAUGAUUAAAGAUGGUAUUGUCACGCCUCUGUUGGUUAAUCUAUGCUACAAAACCGGUUUAGAACUUCCACCUUGCUUUAUCAGUCUACCUCGAGAGCUAAAACACAAGAUACUAGCGUCGCUUCCUGGUGUGGACAUUGCGGCAUUGGCAUGUGUUUCUCCUGAACUGCGAGACAUGGCUUCAGACAGUGACUUGUGGAAGCAGAAAUGCUUGGAAGAGUGCAAACAUCUUGUGACAGAAGGGAAUGAUGUGGUUAAAUGGAAGGAGAUGUUUGCUAGUUAUUGGACUCGAAAGGGAAUUUUCUCCUUGAUAAGAGCUGGGGCACUUGAAAAUUUUUCGCAGGGAGCAUGGGUUCCUCCUGGAAUCUUAGGUCGUGGAGGAAGAAACUACUAAAAAGGCUGUGACAUAAAAAAGAGACCCCCCGGGUGAGUCAGGUGGAGUGAAUGUUGUUUGUUUUCAAAUCUUGCAAAUAGGCUAUUUUGAUAUUAGGAAUGUGGUGUAAAGAGCAUUUGAAACUUAGUAUACUUCUUCUUAUUCUAGUACUCAGGAAUGAGAUUGUUUGUAUCGGAUUUUGCUAAGUAAAGUAUACUGAAAUUGAUGAGUUACUGAA